AUGCAGGAGACGCGGAGCACAUUUUGGAAGGCCGAUGUACGGAUAAUUCUGCAAAAGUUUCGUUCCGAUGAUUAUGCGUUUAUUCGUAAACUCGUCUCUCUUUGUCAGUUUGAUCAGCGAUGGUCAGUACGUAGCAAGGUGCUGUCUGCUCUGAAAUCACUUUGUCUGCUGGAUCGAUCAAUCAUAACGGUGCUGCUCUGUGGAGAACUUCCUUUGUUAUUAGUUCUGGGGCAUAAUUUUCAAGAGCCACUCACUGAAUCUGAAAUAUCAUCGCUGGAUCUCUUGGCAUCGUUAUUUUCAACCGGUGAAAAAUUCCCAGUCUCCCACUACGAUGUUAUUACCUUGGAAUUUGUGACCAAGGUGGUGCAAAUAAUGGAAAAAUACGUUGAAGCUUUCCAAUUCAUUCUGUCGUUUAAUGCCCAUUUUGAGACUGAUGAAAAUUUGGUUGUUGAGGCGUUAUGUUUCUAUCCUCCUAUUGAUUUUGGCCAGCUGCUUACUGUGGAGUUGAAUCGAUGCAGGGCCGACAACAAAGAUCUGCGUGCAGUCAAACUAUUGAAGGAUAUUUUUUGCUGCACUGGUAGUCCCAUCACAGUUCUUUUUUAUGACAAUGACUUGAAAGUACUUUAUGGUAUACUGUGUCAAGAUUUGAUCGACACCAACCAACCGGAGAAAAUAUCACUAAUUCUGGAAAUCUUGAAAAACGUGGAUGUGAUGGAGCGCUGUGAGUACAUUUCGGAAGUUGUUUCAUCUCUGGAAACAUUUCUUCUUACCCGAGAAGUGCAGCCCGAGGCUAAACUUGCUGCCGAAUUGAUUUUGCGGCGUGUCAGAGAACGUGAAUUAAAUCGAAGUACCGUUUCCUAA